AUGACCAUGAACCGCGCUACCAAACACAGAACGCACUUCUCUGGCCCGAGGCAAGACAUACGCCCUAUAUUCACAUCUCUGAAUGGCGACAACUCGUGGCUCUUGUCGUUCCCUCGGCCAGUCGCAGAGCGUAAGAGUACAGGCAAAGCAUACUUCCAUGUAGUGCUCGAGCCUUGGCUCAACGGCCCUCAAGUGGAGUACGCAUCGUGGCUAGCCCACCUCAGUCUUUCAUCGCAGCCAGCCGUCAGCGAUGGAGCGGGUGUUGAGAAUCUUGUCCAGGAGGUUGAACAGGCAGCGGCAGACGCAGGCAUUGUCUCCCCUCGGGCCGUAACACCAGAAGCCAACUCACCGAUCGAUGCUGUUUUCAUGAAUUUCCACUAUGGAGACCAUCUCCAUGUACCCACUCUACUUACCUUCAACCCCACCAUCACCGUCUUCGCGACUGUGGAAGCCGCAGCCAUCAUUAAGAAGCUGAACCACUUCGAUAAUACCGUCACUUACAAAGACUUGGACUCGAAAACUUUCAAUGGCGACUGGACGAAUUUGCAUCCUGGCCGCCUCCUCCCCUCGUACCUAACACUCUUUCGCAUCCGCGGACAUCACGAACUCAACUUCCUCAGCGCGCUCAUCUGGAGUCCCUCGCCAAACAACCACGAAGCAGUGUUGUACUCUCCGCACGGUCUGCACACGUCCACACCGGCACUGCAAACGCUACUCCACCACUCUGCUCCCGAGUUCAAGACACUAGCGCUCCUCCACGGGCUGAAAGAGAGCUGGACGUUCAACUGGCAGACGACGUUUGGAGUGGCUACCGGUCUGGAGCUGCAAAGGGAGACGAACGCCGAGUACUGGAUUAACACGCACAAUGACCGAUUGGGAUACUGGGGCCUGGUGUGGUUUUUUGCCAACGACAUCUUCAAGACGAUUGAGUGGGGGCUAGGGCAGGAGAAGAAGGGCGAGAACGGCGAGGUGAGGAAAGAGGUAAAAGUUAUCGAUGUAGAGAACGGGGGAUGUCUUGUGCUAGAAUAA